CUUUAGAUUCAGCCAGAGGAGAGGAGGGCCGGCGACGUCAGAAGUUACAGUUGUCUGAUUCUCACUUCUCGAAAUUUCUAUUCCCGCAAACUUCAGUAAUCAUGGCAGAAGCCCACCAGGCGGUGGCCUUCCAGUUCACAGUCACCCCAGAGGGCAUUGAUCUGCAGCUGUCCCACCAGGCCCUCACUGAGAUCUACCUCUCUGGCCUGCGCUCCUGGAAGAAGAGGCUCAUCAGACUCAAAAACAGCGUGAUAACAGGGGUUUACCCUGCCAGCCCUUCCUCGUGGCUUUUUGUGGUUAUAGCAAUCCUGGCAACUAUGUAUACACGCUCUGACCCCUCCAUGGGCCUCAUAGCCAAGAUACAGGAGCACUUGCCAGUCAGCCAGUCUAUGAGCGCCCAGUGCCAGACGGUGGUGUCGGCGGUGCUCUUCAGCACCAUGCUGUGGCUCUCGCUCAUCUUUACCAUGCGCCUCUGCCUCAAGCAGCUCCUCUCCUACCACCGCUGGAUGUUCGAGCAGCAUGGCAAGAUGUCCAACACCACCAAAGUCUGGAUGGCACUGGUGCGGAUCUUUUCAGGCAGACAACCCCUGCUCUACAGCUACCAGGGCUCAUUGCCAAACCUGCCUGUGCCCGCCAUCAAGGACACACUGAAGAGGUACUUGGAGUCAGUGCGUCCGCUGAUGGACUCCACAGAGUUCGAGCGUAUGACCAAGCUGGCCUCAGAGUUCGAGAGCAGCCUCGGCCACCGGCUACAGUGGUACCUCAAGCUCAAAGCUCUGUGGGCCGCCAACUACGUUAGUGACUGGUGGGAGGAAUACAUCUACCUACGUGGACGGAGCCCCAUAAUGGUCAACAGUAACUACUACGGCAUGGACUUCUUGUAUGUCACACCCACACCCAUCCAGGCAGCCAGGGCAGGCAACACCAUCCACGCUUUCUUACUGUACCGCCGUAAACUCAACCGAGAGGAGAUUAAACCCAGUCGUGUACCAGGUACUGUCAUUCCUCUGUGUGCAGCUCAGUGUGAGAGGAUGUUCAACACCACACGCACUCCUGGAGAGGAGACUGACACUGUCCAACACUGGCAGGACAGUGACUACAUAGCGGUGUACCACAGGGGUCGCUACUUUCGGCUGUGGGUGUACCAGGCAGGCAGACUCCUUUCUCCCAGGGAAAUUGAAUAUCAAAUCCAGAGGAUCCUAGAUGAUCCUUCAUCUCCUUCACCAGGAGAGGAGAAACUUGGGGCUCUGACCGCUGGAGACAGAGUUCCAUGGGCCAAAGUGAGGAAGGAGUACUUCAGCACCGGAGUAAACAAGCGCUCUCUGGACUGCAUUGAGAAAGCCGCCUUCUUUGUGACUCUGGAUGACGACGAGCAGGGCAUGAUGGGAGAAGACCCGGCUGCCAGUCUGGAUCGUUAUGCCAAGUCUCUGCUUCACGGAAAAUGUUACGACAGGUGGUUCGACAAGUCCUUCUCAGUUGUGAUAUACAAGAACGGGAAGAAUGGUCUGAAUGCAGAGCACUCAUGGGCAGACGCACCGGUCGUUGCUCACUUAUGGGAGUAUGCCCUGGCCACAGACAGUUUCCAGCUUGGCUACAAUGAGGAGGGUCACUGCAAAGGAGAAGUGGAUUCAUCUCUACCGCGGCCACAGAAACUGAACUGGGAAAUUCCCUCAGAGUGUCAGGAGCAGGUGGCCCAGUCUCUGGCAGUGGCCCAGGCCCUGGCUGACGAUCUGGACUUCCACGUUUUCUCCUUCAGAGUCUUUGGCAAAGGAAAGAUCAAGAAGUGCCGAAUGAGUCCAGAUGCCUUCAUUCAGCUGGCUCUUCAGUUGGCCUACUACAGGGACAGGGAGAUGUUCUGCCUGACGUAUGAAGCCUCCAUGACCCGCCUGUUCAGGGAGGGCAGGACCGAAACUGUUCGCUCCUGUUCCAAUGAGAGUUGUGCCUUCAUCCGAGCACUGGAGGGUGGAGAGGCAGCAGAUGUGUGCAGGCGUUUGUUCCGCUCAGCCUCAGAGAAGCACCAGCACCUGUACCGCAUGGCUAUGACUGGAGCUGGCAUCGACAGGCACCUCUUCUGCCUCUAUGUUGUGUCCAAAUACCUCGGAGUGGAGUCGCCCUUCUUAAAAGAGGUGUUGUCAGAGCCUUGGCGGCUGUCCACCAGCCAGACUCCCAUCCAGCAGGUGGAGCUGUUUGACCUGGUCAACCACCCAGAGUACAUUUCCUGUGGGGGAGGCUUCGGGCCGGUGGCUGAUGAUGGUUAUGGGGUGUCGUACAGCAUCGUAGGAGAAAACAUGAUUAACUUCCACAUCUCCUGCAAGCACUCAUGCCCAGACACUGGUGCCCACAAGUUUGGUGCUCAGAUCAAAAAAGCCCUGCUGGACCUGCUGCACCUGCUCUGUCCCGACCAAAGCGAGUCCAAGAAAACAGAGGCGAGCCCGCCCGAGGACAAGAAAGACCAGUAGAGAAUUUGAGACCACGAGGGGGAAAGGAUGUUAAAGGGAAGGUGUGCAAACAAUUGUGAAGGGAGUUGAGGAAACCUCAAGAUUUCUAUAAUGUGUAUGGAGAAUUUUAUAGCCAGUAGGACUAUAUUCAAGAGCUAGCUCCAGGGGGAGACUGGUAUUAAAACUGGAGUGGUGUUUUUCUGAUAUACAUUUCUAUUUGUGUGUAUAUAAUUUGUGUGAAACUGGGUGUGUGAGGCGGGCAAGGGUCCACAGAAUAACAAAUUAGGACACAUAUAUAUACAGUACUAUUUAUUGGUAUAAUCUUAAAAAUGUUCAAUAUUUUACUUGAUGCACAUCCAAAGCAGUGGAACAUAAUGGGCAGAGUUCAAACUUUCCUUAUUGUGAUUUUUUUUUUUUUUUUUUUUAAUUCGUUUUUGAAAACAUUUCAGAUUCAUAAUAGGAAGUGAGUCUUGAGGUGUAGCCCAGCCCGUGUUGCUGCUGGAAGGUCAGCAGGAUAAGGAGUCACUCAGGACUCCUGGCGAACUUGUUUUUUUUACCAUAUAAAUGCAACAUUGCUGCAACGGUGACAAACAGCUAUUUCUGAAUCUCAGAACCCUGGGACUUCUCAGUCUCUGAUGUUUAUAUUUUACUCUGCUUUCUUGAGUAACACAUGAUUGUACUGUUUUAUUGAGAAUGACAGGCUGUUACAGAAGUAGUGAAAUGGCAUGGCUUAUUCAAAUGUAUAAAUUAUCAUCAUUUUACUGUUAUUGUAAUCUAAUGCCAAGUUACUGAACCAUGCACAGUAAUGGCACUGAAGCUUUUUUUCCCCAAACACUCUCAAACUGCACAUACUGUAGGCCUGUAUUUCCUCCCAUUUCAGUCGUCACGAGAUAUUAUGAGUUUACCAGUGUGUUUAAAAAGUGAGCUCUGUCCUAUUCUGAAUAAUUCAAAUUAUUUCACUACUAUCUGUAAACCUGUGCUAGAUAGGAGGUAUUUCUUUUGUAUGUUUUUUCUCAGUGUAUUAUGAAACAAGCACCAUAACAAUGCAAGCUGAUAUUUUGGAACUAUACGUGCAUGUAGCCAAGCCCGAGCAGUGCCGUCUGUCGAGUCUGGACUUCUCAAGGUCAAGCUCGGUUGUAUGUCAACCAGUGAUAUCAGUUCUAGUGUAAUUCUUCUUUGCUUACUGCCAGUUUUUCUUUUUGUUGUUUCUUAACUCCAGAUCAGCUACCAAGUCGCUGAAUUUGUCUCACUAUAUUACUAUUGUAACCUUUUUUUAAAAGCAAAAUUAACAAGGAAUCAAAAAAAAAAUCACACUUUAUUAAAAAAAUGAACUCA